GCUCGGAACAGAAGCUUCAAGUUCAGCUCUUCCAGGACUUUUUCAUCAAGUUCUCACUCUAAUCAAUCAACCAAGCCAUGAAAUCUGUUCCACUGAGAACCGGUUCAUUUCCGAUCCAAUCAACGGUUCGGCCAGGCUCACCUAAAAUCUCUCUAACACGUUACGAUUCACCGACUAACAUCUUCUCCGGUGUUAGUUCUCCGAGAGAUUCGCUGCAUUUGGAUAUCAAUCAUCACCAGACAGGAGCUCCGAUUCGGAGGGCGUUGUCGGAGAGUAAUGUCAUCAGAUCGGAGAGGGAGGCUUCCAGAGGGCUGAAGAAGCCUUCCGGUGCUGGUUCGCGGUCUUUUCCGUCGAUGAUACCAGAGGUCGAGGAGCAUGUGUUUGGGGACAGGGUGGAUGAUUACGCUGGAAUCUGGCCGAAGAGCGGGAUUCCAUUGGAGGAGUUAGGUUUUUCCGGAGACGGAUUCGGUAAAUCCUCCGGCGGACAUGGGGGAAACGGCCGACAUGGGGGAAGCGGCGGCGAUGAUGUUAGCAAGAUGGGUGAUUAUUAUAAGCAAAUGUUGAAGUCAAACCCCAACGAUGCUUUGAUUCUAAGAAACUACGGAAAAUACUUACACGAGGUGGAGGGAGACGCGGAGAAAGCAGAGGAGUACUACGGGAGAGCAAUAUUGGCGAGUCCAGGAGAUGGAGAGGUGUUGUCUUUGUAUGGGAAAUUAAUUUGGGAUGCAAAAAGGGACGGGGAGAGAGCUAAAUCUUACUUUGAUCAAGCUGUUUUCGCCUCUCCUAAUGACUGCAUGGUAUUGGGAUCGUAUGCAAGUUUUAUGUGGGAGGCAGAGGAAGACGGUGACGAGGAGGAGGAGGAGGAGGACAAGAGUGAAGUGUCAUCAGCAGCGGCCAUGGUUGCUGCAUUUUAGCAGAGGGACAGUCCCUUGAUUUUACAUUUUUAAAGAGGGAUUAUAUAACUAACGAACUUCAAUAAUUAACAAGAAGAAUAAGAAAAGGAGGGUUAUAUUACUCUAUUCUUGUAAUCUUAGAGGAAAGCUUCUUGCUUGAAUCUGGAAGCUGAUAGGGAGAGAAUGUGGGGUUUCUACUCGUCGUUUUACCCUUGCUUGAUGUUUGUAAUUUGUAUAGUGUAAUCUGUCCAAAUCUAAAAUAUCUUCUCCAAGUCUAUUGUCAAAUGUGAAUAUCAAUUCUUUCGGA